GAAUGGAACGCAGGGAUUGAAUGAACACUCGCCCAUUUCUCCUGCUUGUCCUUAAAACGUCUGAACUGGGACCAUCCACAAUUAACAACAUUCUUUGUUUCCUCAGGGGAGGAAGAAAAGUGUUGAACUCCAAGGGGGGUGGAGCAGAGAACCGAAUGAUCUUCAUUCCAGUGAUAUUCUUUUGAGCUGUUUUGUAUUGUGUCCCAUUUCUCAUUCUGCAGUUUUUAUUUUCUUAUUUUCAAAUCUCCCUCUUGCUCGUUCUCUCUCCUCGACUGUCACACGCCCCCUGAUGCUGAUUGGUUAAACGUUUGUUGUUGGACUCAGCCCAAUUAACUUCCAAACAGUGGAUUUGAAUCAUCACAGAGUGCCCCUUUAAGUAAAUGUGUGAGAUUGUUCUCAGCAAAGGAAUAUAUGUGUAAAAAUGAAGCAGUUUUGAUAAGAAAUAAUAAAUGAAGAGGUUGUUAGAAAAGUGCACGCUCAAGAUGUGUUAUCAAUGGUUGGCAAUCAAUUCACAUGUACAAUUCCAAAAGACAAGAAACAUGCAGACACAACCAUACAACUCACUGCCAGUCAAUAAGAGGCGUGGUUUUAAGGGUGGUUACCAGGAAGCUCUCAAACUGUAUCUUUCAGAACUCAAGAGAAAUCAUAGAGAGCAGGUAAGUUUUAGUUAGAUUUAAAACAGGCAGCUCCAUUUAUUGCUUACAGCUCUCUCUUAUCAGUGAGGUCUCAGUUCUGUGUUGUAACCUUAUGUGUAAAUAUUAUGUGACAUUAAAUCAAAUCUGUGUGUGUGUAUGCACUGGCUUGACAUAUUUAUAGGGCAAAAAAUGGCCUCAUACUGUAGGCGUUGUCAGAAUUUGCUUUAUUAUGAGGAAAUCCCAAAUGUCUGAGAUGUAAAAGUACCUUGUAAAAGUACCAACGUGUGUGUGUGUGUGUGUGUAAGCUCCAUCUCCAGUGAUCAUGGACAAACCAGUGUGCUUGACUGACACGGAGUCAGAUGGGAAGCUGUGUGUGCAGCAGUCAGCUCUACAGAUCCUGCAGCAGAUCCAGCAGCCAGUGGUGGUGGUGGUCGUGGUGGGUCUCUACCGCACCGGGAAGUCCUACCUGAUGAAUCGCCUCGCAGGACAACAAACAGGAUUUGCAUUGGGCAGCACCAUCGAGUCCAAGACGAAGGGCAUCUGGAUGUGGUGUGUGGAUCACCCCACUAAAGCAGGAACCACUCUGGUGCUGCUGGACACUGAGGGACUUGGAGACGUGGACAAGGGGGACUCAAAGCAUGAUACAAAGAUCUUCUCUUUGGCCGUCCUUCUGAGUAGCACUCUAGUGCUGAACAGCCAAGGGACGAUCGACAACAGGGCCAUAGAGGAACUGCAAUAUGUCACAGAGUUGACUGAGUAUAUAAAGGUCAAAUCAUCUGAUGAGGAUACAGAUGACUCAGAGUUUGUGAAGUUCUUCCCUAGUUUCAUCUGGGCUGUGAGGGACUUCACCUUGGAACAAAAAAUCAAUGGAAAAUACGUGACUGAGGACCAAUACUUAGAAUAUGCCUUGAAGCUGAAACCAGGCUCUUCAAGAACAGUUAAAGAGUUCAACCUUCCACGGGAAUGUAUCCGAAAUUAUUUCCCAUCCCGGAAAUGUUUUACUUUCCCGUUUCCAACCGCACCAGAGAAUGUGUCUCGUCUGGAGAGCUUGGAUCCUGCUGACCUUUCCCCAGAUUUCCAGAAGGUCUCAGAUCAUUUCUGCAAGUUCAUCUUUGACAGGAGUGAAGUGAAAAGGCUGAAGGAUGGACACACAGUCACAGGCAGAGUUCUGGGUCAGCUGGUGAAGACAUACGUAGACACAAUCUCCAGUGGUGAAGUUCCAUUUCUGGAGAAUGCUGUGAUUGCUAUGGCAAUGAUUGAGAAUGAGUCUGCAGUGAAGGAGGGGCUUGAGGUUUACCAGAGUGGAAUGGAGAAACUGAAGGACUCCUUCCCUCUGGAACUGAAGGAUGUGUCCUCAGAACACCAACAACUCAGCAGCAUGGCGACACAAACCUUCAUGAAGCGUUCCUUUAAGGACAGUGAGGGGACAUUUAUGAAAUGUCUUGAGGAAGACAUUAAUAAACUCUUUGAUGGAUAUCUGUGCCAAAACGAGGAGGCUUCAAAAAAAAGAUGUGAGAAUCUCCUGUCAUCACUUUCGGCACCAAUGACAGAAAAACUCAAGAAAGGAUUUUAUGCCGUACCUGGUGGUUAUGUUCUCUUCUCCCAGGACCUUGAAGACAUUGUAAAGGAAUACAAAAUCCAAGCCAAUAAAGGAGUCAAGGCAGAAGAAACACUUGAAGAGUUUCUGAAGCAGAAGUCAGUGGAUUCUUACGCCAUUCUGCAGGCUGACAAGAAACUGACUGAGAAGGAGAAAAAAAUAAUGGAGGAAAGAGAGAAGUCUGUUCUCCUGGCUCAGGAAAUAAAUGCCAAGGAACAAAAGCAGCGACAACUCGAAGAGAAGAUGGAAGCAGAGAGACGGAGCAAUGAAGAGAGGAUGAGACAGAUGAAGGAGAAGAUGGAUGAGGAGCUGAGGCUCCAGAGAGAGGAGGCUGAGCGUGCCAUGGACCGUAAACUGAGGGAGCAGGCUGAUCUGUUGGAGAAGGGAUUUAAGGAGAAGGCAGACAGGAUGGCUAAAGAAAUAGAGGACUUCAGGAAGAAGAAUAAAGAAGCAGAAAAGAAAAGUGACCAGAUGUUUAAAAAGAUGAUAGAAAAAAUGAACAAAAAACAUGAUGAGUCUAUGAAUCUGAUGAUGAGGCAACACAGUGAGCAGAUGAAGGCAAUCAUGAGCAUGCCGAGGCCUAAGUCAGACUCCUCCGCUCUACUCUUAUGUCUGCUGCUCAGCGGCCUCGGCGGUUCCAGCGGUGGUUCAGUGUCAUGUUCACGUCCCUGCCGCUGCUAAUGCAGCUGUACACCAGACUUGGCCUCUUGCCAUAAUGCCCCCAACCCUAUCUAUCUAUCCAUCCAUCCAUCCAUGGCACUCAGCAUGGAUCGGGGAAGCGGGGGGUCGCCCUGGGUUACUUUUGAGGUCUGGUACAAAUAUGAGGUCUGGAAUUUCAAUAUGACUUCACACGCAGUGAUGUGAUUUUUACGUCACUCAACAUUCUUAAGCGUUGUAAAUGCUAAGAAAGAUUUAUUUUUCUGUGACAAUGAGAACACAUAUUUUCUUAAGAUUCAUUAAUAAUCAAGACUGAGUGUUCACAGGAGUGUCAUGAUCCCCUGCUGGAGUUUCCUUGACAGCCACCAGAGGGCACUCUACCCCAGACAUUCUCAGUAUCAUAGACUUCAUUUCCCAUAAUCCUUUGUUCCCGACUAAUCACUGUUCAUUGCACACAGCUGUUUUCACUCAUCUUGUUUGUUUCUGCCUAUUUAUACCCCGUUUGUUUCAAUCAUCAUUAUUGAGGUUUAGCUAUUUGUUACGUUGCUCUUCUGUGUACGUUCCCUGGUCCUGUCUCUUGUUUUGUGGAUGGUUUUGCUAGGUUUUUGACCUUUUGCUAGGCAUUGUACUUCUCUUCUGGAUUUCUCAUUAAAAAUGCAAUUGGAACUUAGCCAAGUCUCAAAACAUCAGUGACAAGGGUGAACUGAUUAAUUGAUUGUUUUAGAUAAAAUCAGAUGGCAUUGCUAGCAAAAUAAAUAACACUUUCAGAUGCCCAGAAAA